CAUCUGACAGCGAGCCGACUCCGGUAGUGCAACCGCAGACGCCACAGUCCCCUCCAUCCCGUCAGGACCCGCUGGUUUUUUUUUCUGACACACCGGUUGUCAACGACUCCGCUCCUCCCGGUAGUUCACACUCAUUCAGGUUAGCCUUGCACUACUGCCUCUUGAGAAGUUACUUCGGUUAGACUCUUUUUUUUUUUUUUCUUCUCUUCUUAACCCGGCAAGUUUUAGUAGCAGCUAUACUGACGGGCGGAGCUGUCUUCUGUCUGUCCAGGAAUGAUAAAUGAUGGCCGGCUCUACAGCAGAGGAGAAAACCUUCCGACGGUUCCUGGAGCUCUUCCUCCGGGAGAUGAGAAUGCCUCUGCAGGAGAGCGACCCGGUGCCGAUGCGCCCCUUGUCGGACCUGGUGACGGAGGACGAGGUGGAGGGGGAAUGUCUCGACCUGUGUCUCCAACACCUCUACAAAUAUAACUGUCCAUGCUCCCUGGCCGCAGCCCUCGCCAGAGCCACAGCAGACAGCCUCCUGCAGACUGACCUCUCCAUCCACCACCUCACCAAGACCGUGGAAGAUGGAGCUGACCCAUUACCACAGAUCGAGUCUGUGAAGCUGGCCCGCCUGGUCUUCAACAGACUGUUUGAUAUGUGCUGUCUGUGGCUGAAGGAUCUGCCCUACCGCCGCCGCCCACAGCCGUACUACGAAACGUCGAUACACGCCAUCAAGAACAUGAGGCGCAAGAUGGAGGACAAGCACGUCAUCAUCCCCGACUUCAACUCCCUCUUCAACAUUCAGGAUCUGGAGGAACAGGCUUACUUUGCUGUGUUUGACGGCCAUGGCGGCGUUGACGCUGCUAUUUAUGCCGCCAACCAUCUUCACGUCAACUUAGUUAAGCAGGAGUCCUUCAACCAGGACCCGAUCGAGGCGCUCUGCAAAGCGUUCAAGGUCACAGACGAGCGUUUUGUGAAGAAGGCCUCCAGAGAGCACCUACGUUGUGGCACGACCGGUGUGGUGACGUUCCUGCGGGGCCGGACGUUGUAUGUGGCGUGGCUGGGAGACUCGCAGGUCAUUCUGGUCAGAAAAGAACAAGUUGUGGAGCUCAUGAAACCACAUAAACCAGACCGAGAGGAUGAGAAGCAGAGGAUCGAGGCUCUGGGAGGCUGUGUGAUCUGGUUUGGCACAUGGAGGGUUAACGGCAGUCUGUCUGUAUCCAGAGCAAUAGGUGACUCGGAGCAUAAACCCUACAUCUGUGGUGAUGCAGACCACGGUAUCUUCCCAUUCGACGGUACAGAGGACUACCUCAUUCUGGCCUGUGAUGGCUUCUGGGACACAGUAAAUCCAGACGAGGCGGUGCGGGUGGUCAGCGAUCACCUCCAAGAGAACAGCGGGGACACCACCAUGGUUGCCCACAAGCUGGUGGCGUCUGCCCGAGACGCAGGCUCUAGUGAUAACAUCACUGUCAUAGUGGUGUUCUUACGGGACCCGCGCUCCCCACUCCCCACCAGCACAGAUGAGGAGGAGGGUGUGAUGGAAGGUGAGGUGGAGGAGGAGGGGGCUGAGGUGGAAGAAGAGGGACAGGAAGGGGAGGAGGAAGAGGAGGAUGAGGCAGUCAGGGUAGAGCGUGAGGCUGGUGAGGCAGGCAGCACUGCGGACAUCGGGGGUAAGAAUCGCGGCGGCUGGCCCCUGCAGCAGUGCUCCGCCCCCGCUGACCUGGCCUACGAAGACCGAACAGACUCGUUCACGGACAGAACCAGCCUCAGCCUGCUGGGGCCGUCGCUGGAGGGCCGCAUCUCCCUGACCAGCAGCUCACGUCAGCUCAGCUCCUUCUUUAGCUCCAACAUCUUCACAACCUCCCAUAUCUACCGAGGGAAACGCCCACUGAGGCACAGGUCCUGUAUCCCCUUUCAUGAGCUCAACACGUCUAGCUUCACGGACCCGCUGUGGCCUCAGACAGCCAUGCUGUUAGGCCCUGCAGUGAGGCAAAGCCACAGGCCCGAUCAUGGUAGCCGCCGACGGAGCCGGAGGUGGCCAGGCACAACCAAGGAGCUGUUAGGCCUGUUGCCAUCUGGCUACUUAGUGCCGCAAAUGCAGCGCUACUCCAACUGCAGGCCUGGGGUGGCAGUGCCUCACCUGCCCAACAAUGCCACCAUCUGAAGAGGUGACCCAGACCAAACCACCCCCUUCAUUAUUUCAGUCCUGCUCCCUGCCCCUCAUCCCACUCGACAACCUCUGCCUUCAACAACACAUAUUUCUUUGAUAGUAGGUCGUUCCUGCAGUCCUUACGUUAUUAUUGAUUCUCUGUUGGAGGAAUGAUGCUCUCUGUCCUAAGCCAAAGUGUUUCCAAAUGUAAGCUGGCCCACUAAACACACGCCCUGCUCCUUAAUGUUUUAGGUAAAGUGUAAAACUGCAUCCUCUCCAUUGUGACCAUGUGAGCUGAAUGUGCAGGUUGAUGCGAUGUUUUCAGUAAUGACCAUAAUUUAUCAACCUGCACUUCCAGCACUGAGUCUCUGUUGGACAACGGAAGAUCUUUAGUUGAGAGGAAGGAAAAAGUUCAGCUGAUUUCAGUCUGAACCCAUGUUUCAUUCUAAUGCUUGGUUGUUCCACACACAUUAUGUUUUUGUGAAAGACAAAGAGGUGUUGUAGAGCAAAAUUGUUGCGCUCGAGAAUCUGCAGAAACAAAACUAUCAGGACCGCUGAACAUUGCACCCAAAUGUGACAUCUGAACAUGAUUGAAUGUGGUGAAAUAACAGCCUACUCUCUUCUUGAUGGUUUUCAUUUAGACAUUAGAACUUGGCAUCACCUUUUUAGCCACAACAGUGUUAGUAAGUUUGGUUUAAAGGGUAGAACUGGUAGUAAUUUGUGAGGUUUCAGCACAGAGGUGGAAUUUUUAAUGGAGUUAAAGGUCCCAGACUAAACCUCAAAAACUCCCCUUAACCAGAAGAACACAAACUACUUGUGUGUAUCAUCACUGGAAAAAUGCAGUUACAUACAUGUUCUGCAUGUCCAAGAAAAUGGACAGCCCUCUUUUCUUGCAUUGAAUGUUGACCAGGUUCAGGGUGAGGUUACACACACCAUCGUUUGUCUUGCUGUGCGAAUGUGGAACGACCAAGCAUUAGAUAAAACGCUAAUGGACUAUAGCUUGCUUCUUUGCCCCCUGACAAAUCCUUCGGUAACAGAUGAAUAAGGUUCAUGGAGGAGGCCUGAACAAUAGUUGGCUCCUGUUUUUUUGUAAGACUGAAGGCACAUGCUGUUCUUCUCCGUCUCAUACAGUCAAUGCCCCAGCCAUUACACAGCCACAAUUUGUCUUCAGAUAAAAGCACUUACCAUCGGAUUAUAAAAGAUUAGCAGUCACUUACCUGAAUAAAUGCAUCAUGUAGUCCAGCAUCCAGAUGGAGACUCUCCUUAAUAACGUUUUGUUUGGAAGGAGGGGUAUUAAAAAUUGUUAUAGUUGAUAGUUUGACCACAUACUGUACUGAAGGAAUUCCACGUGUAUUUAAGUUGUCUUAAAACUCACUGAACAGAGGUAUUUAUUCCAGAAGGCUUGAUGAGUAAAACAAGUAAAUUGCAUCACAUAUGUGUUUCCAAAGCCUCCCUCCUAAAUACAAUAUAAUUAUUAAGUAUGCAUUCUUUUUAAAUAUCUCCAUAAAGGACAAGUCUAGAUUGUGUUUUCAGUCAGGUCAAAUUAGUAUCACUCUCUGACAUUUAUUACAUGAAUUUUAUUAGAAUAGACAGUUUUGAUUAUUAAUUUAAAUGUGUUUUAUACCAAGAGUAAGCUGAGGAGAUUGACAACACCCUCAUGAUCUCACGCACACUCUCUCGUUAGUACCGUUGGGCAGAGCUUGAUAGUUUAGCUUAGCAUAAAGACUGUUUUCAGUCUUUGUGCUAAGCUAAGCUAACGAGCUAUUUACAUGAAAAUGAUACCAACCUUCUCUUGCAGAAAGUGAGUAGAUUAAUUGUAAAAAUGUCCUUUAAGAAUCAUUGUCUAUUGGAUUAAAAACAAAACAAAAAAGCCUGACGUAAAACAGCAGGCUUAUUAUCUGUCUGUAAAAAAGUUGUGGUUCAACAACUGUCUAAAACAAAGCAAAUCAUCCCAUCAUCACCAAACACAUGAUAGCACCCUCUGUCAGAGUAAUCCACUGAAGCGGGCUCUAAUGGCCUCAAAGUGUUUUAUAAUUGAAUCUUUCACUGAUAUGAUCCAGAUUUUCCAAUGGCGUGCCCCGUUAUGUUGUCUAACACGUUGCUGAUAGUGUUAGUUAUGUAAGAAAGUCACAGGAAUGUUUAAAAUCCUCUUUAUACUCAAACUGCAUUCACUAAAAACACCUAGCCAUAAAAAAAACUGUUUGACGUUGAUAGUUAUAGGUUUAAUGAAUCUGACACCAAAUAUGGAAGAUAGUCCCAAAUGAAGUGUUUCUAUAAUAACAACUGUGUAAUAAUCAAAUAUUUAUCCUCUUACUAAUGUAUGUGAUAAAAUAUCCUAGUUAACAUUGUGAGACUGAUUUGAAAAGACAUUACUUUUGAAUGUGUAACAUAAUAACAUUACUGUAUCUAACCAUACUUAAUGAUUAUUAACCAACGGUGCCACAUAAAUGAAUCAUAAGUACCCCUGACCCCUAUUCCCAAAGUCCCCUCACUUUACGUACGUUCUUAAAGUAACACAAUUGCCCUUUAUCAAUCAAUGUGUUGAAACUUCUUGAGCUACCCCGUUACUCUUUUCUUUAUCUAAUAUUCAAUGACUGUUCUCUAAGCCCCGCCCACUUACGGUUGCUAUGCAGAUCUUAGAUUCCGUUCUUGCGCAGCACAUUUCACGUUUGCAACAAAAUUUUGACAAAUUUGGGACUCAAACGUCAAAUGAAUUUCACCUUCGACGUGUUAACUAUUCACACCAUGUCCAUCAAAGUAGCCUCACAUUUCCCCUGUCGUUAGCAUACUUGAUCAAAUUAGCUAGCUGUCUGAUUGACCGAAGCUCAAAGAGUUGGUAAAAGAUCUGUGAUUUUUAAACAAGAUGACCUUUUUAACGUAUCUUAAUAUGCUGAAUACACGGUUCAUGCUACAUACUUGAAAUAAGGCUGAACAACAGAGGCAAAACAUCAAGGUUAGUUUAAAAGCUAGCAUCCUUACUAGCUAAUGAUUCACAGACGACGAGGAAGGCGUAGCAUUGUCUUUUAAUGAAGGUAGAGCUAGUUAUCAUCAGUACUUCAAACUUCACGGUAUGGAAAGGAAAAAUACAAGAACAGAUUCAGCUUUGUCAUAACCCAGUUUGGACGCUAAGCUAAAGGAAACAAAUGGUGUUUGCUUUUUUUUUUUUUUUUUUUUGCUUUGACAAGCAGCGAAGAAAACACUAGGCUGAGGUUUCUAAAAUGUAAACUUCACAAAUCCGAACAGAGAAGCUAACCUUUCAGUGGAUAACAUUAGGAUAUAGGAUUGGCUUCCAUGCUGUAGAUAAAUACUACACAGUUUAUGGAUGAGUUUAAUUUGGGGGCGUUUUUAAACACUACUUGAAUUUCACGAACAUUGUAGUAAUGAUAAUGAUUGGCUCCUUAGUGCAGUUAGCCAGUUAGCUGGAAAUUGAGGGGUUUUUGCGAUUAUAUUAAAGCAGACAAACACUGUUCAACCAAAAAAUUUACCUUUUUACCCUUUUAUGUGGUAUUUUGGAGUUUGAAAGACCCUCAAAACUCAUUAUAUACCAUUUUUUUUAAGUAUUACAUAACUGCUGUGCUUAGCUUCAUUGUAAAUGUAAUUGGACAGUUGUUUUGGGGGGUUGGGUUUACUGAACAGGCCUUUGAAUUGUUCCCAACAUUCCUAUACGUUAUGACAUCGAUGAUGCCAUUGUUGGAGAUGCAGUGAUGUAGUCUUGAUGAUGCAAUACAUUUCCAAAUAUCAGAAGUUAUGUUUACGGCUGGGUUCUGAUAUUCAUUCCUCCAUUCUCCAGCCCUGAUCUCUUCCUGAUGAAACACCCACGAGGUGUGAGAUCAAAACCUUUCCAAACCCCACCCCACUAGUUAUGAAGACUCAUCAACGCCCCCCCCCAACCUCAGCCCACCCUGUUAACCAUCCUGUGGACCGACGAGUGAAGAGCAUCAGACUGCCAGUGGAGCAGAAUGUACCCCGUGUCCCAGAGCGUCCUCGGAGACUCAGUGAAGUGGGUCGACAUGAGGAGGCGUUUUCUUUGGGAGAUUUUACCUUUUUAUUUCGGGGGCUUCUAUCAAAGAGGAAUGUAGCCUACCGUCGAGACACUCGAAUAACUAAAGCCACUGGAUCCAUUCGUGGAAGUAACACGCCUCACUAUCUCUAAAAGUGCUUGUUGAUACCAGAAGAAGAUGAAGCAUUAAGAACAAUGGAAUCACUGUCAUUUCAUAUAUUCACUAAGGCACGGAAGCGUAUGUAUAUUAUGAGUCAUUAUUGUGAGUUGAGCGAGUGCUGGAGAAGUGUACAUAUAAUAAUUCUGUCUUGUAAAUCUGUGGUUUUAAUCCAUGCUCAACAAGGCCUGGUUGUUGGAAGAUAAUGACUUUAAACAGUCAGAUGUUGGACUGUCCCAAAUCUCCCACCAGCAAGAGGUGGAGAUGUGAUGUUGUUGAACUGCUUUGGGGGGCAUCAGUCUAUUAACCCUGCCUCUGCCUUUAAGAGCUGCUAAAGUAUAUAAAAGGUGUUGAACCAGUCUGGCUUUCACUGGAGAGUUAUAGUGUCCUAUCGUGGUCUAGCUGCUGUUAAACACUGCUUUCGUGCCCUGAUGUGAAUACAAAUCUGGGGAGAAUAAACAUAAAGAUCAUAAAUAUCGGCUUAAGAUACUGUACCUCCAAUUUGCAGCUUCCAUUUUAAUUUUGUGUAUCAGUACCAGCCUUAAAACGAAAACAUUUUGCCAAUCAAAUGAUAUCAGUAGCUUGUAGGUUUUCAUUCCAACUCUACAGAUGUUAGAGGAUUAGCGUAGAGACGAGGAACACACGAGUGACUGAACGGCGUAAAUGACAGAUUUGAUCUUUAGCACGGAUCAUGAAGAAUAGUAAUCUUAAGCAGUGAUGCCACAGGGAAACAGACAAUUCAUUCAGGAUCUUGUUUUAAUGACAAAGCUUUGCUUAUAGUCUUAAGCCAUAGUUAUAAACAACUUAGGUUGUUUAUGUAAGUUAUCUCGUUUACAUAAAAAAAAAAAUUCCACAAAAGUCAAUGAUGGACCAAGUGGUGUAAAUCUCAGGACUUCUUUGGUUCUCCUUUUUGUUCAUCUGGUCUAUGGAGAAGCUUUGAAAGUACCAUGCUGCUGUUUUACAGACUUUAACCUCUAGAGAUGUUGGGAUGGAUGCUUUAGAGUAAAACGAUUCUGAAUUUAACAUCGGAGAGAGUUGUUGUCAUCCGAUUCCCUGCCAACAAAAAAUACAACAAAAUCAAAAUCCGGUUAAAACAGAUUAGCCUCUAGGUCAAACAUAAAGUCUGACCCUUAUUAGAAAAGAGAAGAUUGACUUAAAGGUGUAAUAUGUGACUUUCAGAGCUGAUAUCCAUUAGAUUUUGCACUGACACCAGUCUGUCAGACCAAAACAAAGCUGUCCCCUUAGUGCACAGCUUCCCCUCCUCCACUGCCCCCCUCACUCUGUGAUCCAAUUGAGUGCUGUCGUUUCUACGCUCUGUCAUUAUGCUUCUCCAAACGGCGAGCCUGAGUGUGAACACAGAGCUGACAACAACAAACCCAGAGGGAGUUUGACUUCACUCCUUUAGAAGUCAUUACUCAAUGAUAUUUUUAAUUAGGAUAUAUUUGGAAUCAGCUUUAUUUAUGUUUAAAAUGUUGCAUAUUAUAUCUUUAAAUUGGUACAAAUCCAUCAAGUAUAGUUGAUGAGUUUUUUCAAUCAGGACAAAGCGGCGGCCUGACCGACAUAAAUGUCCCCUGAGGUUGUUUGACGACAAAAAAAAUAAAAAGUGUUUCUUCUUACAGUUUGACGAUUUGUCAUCAUAACAAGAUCUGUGAUUGUUUUUUUUUUUUGUAAAUGUUGGCUUUCACACUGUAGAGAUGUGCUCUGUAGAGACUGAAGCAUGUUGUACUUGUGUCCACACCUGAGAGCAGCUGUGCAGUGAGUGCAGCAGUAGCUCUCUGUCCUCUGUGAUUCACUGUCGAUCGCGUCACCUCACGGAUGUAGUGUCACAGCGGGUCGUCAGCAUUGCUCAGUGACGAGUGUGACAUCAUGGGGGUUGCUUUCACCAAAUCCCUGUGAAAUAGUUCUAUACAGUGUUACUCAUCUUAUUGCAGAACCGCUAGAAGUUGUCACUGUAUGAGCAAUAAAAAAAAAAAUAUUUACCAUCAUUCUUUGUGGUAAAUCAUCUACCUAAGCUCGUGAAACCCACGUCCCCCCCCCCUUCACUCACGCUCUGCUUGCACUUAAGGUUCCUCUGAGUCCGAUGUUUCCCUCCCCUGAUGACGAAAGCAAAGCAGAAGUUCAGCUCUGCUCUCCCAUAAUCACUGUCUAACUAUAGAGCCCUCCAUGAAUCUGCACUGUGUGUCUAUGUACACAAAAAAAAAAGCUUUUUCUUUCUCUCUGUAAGCAAUAAUGACGUUAUAUUAAAAGACUCUCUGAGGGUUUGUCUUCUGCUGGAGGAUGCAAUGAAAAUAGUUGUUCUGUCAGCCAUACUUGAAAGGUCACAGAGCAUCAAUAAUGAGGUCCUGAAGUCAGCGUCUCAUCCACCUCUCCCAUAGAGGAUUAGAUUAGGAGUGGUAAUGUGCUGCCUGUGGUAAGGUUCACUUCAGACACACAUUUUUUUUUGUUCAAAUGCCGAAUGAUCUUCACAUCCAGGGAAAAUGAAUGAGACGCUGUCUUCUUUUCAAUAAAGCAGACUUGUGAUAAGAGGCAGGACAUUUCAGUUCUCUCUGCAUUCCUCAGCAGGUUUGUAACAUUUGAAACGAUCGGCUCACAUUAGUUCAAAUGUACACAGGACAAAAAGACAAACCCCACGAUUGGCUCUUCUUCAACAUGCAGGUUAGGUAACAAAAAAAACGGACAAAAAAAACAGUAAAACACUCGUUGAGUACCUGUAAUAUCUGUGUUCCUGUAGUAUAUAAAUAUGUGUAAUGUAACUGGUGACUAAUUAUCAUGUAUAUAAAGAUUAGAACAAGUUGUC